AUGGAGUUAACUUCGGUGAGGACAACUCCGGCAUGGAAGCCAGAAUUUUCAGAUUGGAUGUGGAUUACUGGGGUUAAUGGAAAGGGGAGUAACUUAUCUAAAACUAUCAUCGCCAUAGUUGUGGUGGUGGUCAUUCUCGUUGUAAUAAUCAUCUGCAUCUGCAUCUCUUUAAGUGUGAGGAAGCAAAGAAAGAAAGCUAAAAUGGAUGAAAUUAGCAGUACUGAAUCCUUGCAUUUUGAUUUUCCAACAAUUAGAGUUGCUACAGAUAACUUUUCUGAUGCAAAUAAACUUGGUCAAGGCGGAUUUGGUGUUGUUUAUAAGGGUAGACUCUCCAAUGGACAAGAAAUAGCUGUCAAAAGGCUAUCCCUGGGUUCUGGACAAGGUGAUUUAGAAUUUAAGAAUGAGAUAUUGUUAGUAGCUAAGCUUCAACAUCGGAAUUUAGUUAAGCUACGAGGUUUCUGCUUGGAAGGAUGUGAAAGGCUACUGAUUUAUGAGUUUGUGCCAAAUGGAAGCCUCGAUCAAGUUAUAUUUGGUAUGGUUGCAAUUCUAUCAUAA